ACGGAACCAGAACAUCCACUCGACAACUCCCACUGUUCUGCACGAUGUUCCGAUGUGGAAAACCGACAAGAAAAAAUCGCAAAACCACAACAAGCAGGCAUGGGGAGCUGACCGUCCCUCUCUGCUCUGCCCUCCUGAAGACCCAUCUGGAGCAACGCAUCCACGCCUGGGGCACCCAAUACGAGAAAGACAGGGAGCUGCUGCAGAGGGUCCAAGAAGGGCCACAAAGAUGAUCCGAGGGCUGCAGCACCUCCCCUACAAAGACAGGCUGAGGGAGCCGCGGCUCCACAGCCUGGAGAACAGAACAGAAGGCAAAGAGGAGACCUCACCAAAGCCUUCCAGUACCUGAAAAGGACCUACAGGAAGGCUGGGGAUGGUCUUUUUAAAAAGCCAUGAAGCACCAGGACGACGGAAAACAGCUUCCGACUGAAAGAGGGUGCGUUCCAACCAGAUAUUGGGAAGAAAUUCUCCACGGUGAGGGCGAUCCCUGUCAGCCGUGGAGGACAGGUAUCCCCUCACGGAAGACGUGGGAUGCUACCCAGGCAAACGGACAGCCAUGGAGAAAGGUGUCGAGCAAUGGAGGGAAUGAGGCGUGCUGGACGUGAUGCACAAUAGUGACAAAAAGAGGGCAGAUCGACACUGGCUGCUGGGAGGAAAUCCUUCAAAGGUUGCCCAGAGAAGCUGUGGAGUUGCCUGGAACUGCCUGGAAGCCUCCUGCCUGGAAGCCAAGGGCCCACGCCCACAGCCGCCAUCAGGCGGUGAGCGUGAUGUCACAGUACGUGUCAGAGUGCACCCAUUGUGACGCGCGAAGCCUGGAGCACAGCAAUAGCUGCCGGGCUCAGCCUGAGCGUCAGUGCGGCCUGGCGAGGCGUGGAGAGAGCAGGGACUCUCGCAGUGCUCGCUGUUAACGCACAUCAUGUCCGAUAGGAAGCGGAAGGCCUCCAGCUCGGAGGAGCCAGUGUGUGCGCUGUGUGGCCAGGCAGAUGUCGACCCAGACAUCUGCGGGCACACACUUUUUGAGACUGGGAUUCGUGUCCAUGAGUUCUGCUUGACGUCUGCCAACAUCACGUCUAAAGCAAGACCAGGAAUUGAGGUCCUCCCGCUUGCUGCCAUCGCACGCAAGGUCAGGCAGGCAAACAAGAAGCAAUGCUGUGUUUGCGGCGAGAGGGGGGCUGCCAUCACAUGCGCAGAGAGAGGCUGUGCACGCAGCUUCCAUCUGCCCUGUGCCAAGGACGGGGAAUGCAUCACCCAGUACUUUGGAGACUACAGGUCCUUCUGCUGGGAGCACCGCCCUCAACAGGCCACUCAGGAAGCUCCAGCACAAGGCACCAUCUGCCUCAUCUGCUUGGAGCCUGUGGGGGACAGCUUGUCCUACCACACCAUGGUGUGCCCAGCCUGCAAACACGUCUGGUUCCACCGGGACUGCAUCCAGCAACAGGCCUUGAGUGCUGGCACUGCGUACUUCGAGUGCCCCGGCUGCCGAGACUACAUUCUCUUCUGUGAAGAGAUGUCCAACAUGGGGAUCCACAUCCCAUUAAGAGACGCAUCGUGGGAGGACGAGGAGUCCUAUGAACCCCUUCUAGAGAUGCACAGCCGCUGCGAUGCCAGCCAGUGCCUUUACCACGGAGGCAGAGAGCAGGCACAGAGUAGGGGGCCCUGGGAGCUCAUCCUGUGCAGCUCCUGUGCUGCUGAGGGCACCCAUCGACAGUGCUCCCACUUGAGCAACACCACAGACAUGUGGGAGUGCAACAGCUGUGCUGGCCUGGCUACCGCCUCCAGCGCCAACGCUGAGUUCGCCACUCCCAGCACUGCCAGCCAGACGGCUCCGGGUCCGGGUCCAUCCAGCAGCUCCAUGGAGCCUGAGACCUUUGGCUCCAUGCCCGCCAGCCAGGCACCAUUGGGGACAUCACAGAGCUCCCAGCUGCCUGAGCACAGCGACCUGCCCAGUGUGCCUGAGACGGAGCAGGGGACAAACGGCGCACGUUCACCGGAGGACCGGGCUACCCCUGAGCAGCUGCGAGGACGCCGUGGGAGCAGGCGAACAGCAGCCCCACGUGCUGAGAGCGACUCCCACGCAGCCACCAGGCGGAGGGCAUCAGGCUCCUCCAGGGCGUCUCCGGCAGCUGCACGCAGAAGACGUCGCAGGCAGCGUUCAGGAAGAAGCUGCACACGGAGCCGCUCCCCGCUGCAACGUCGGGACCCGAGCUCCCAGAGCCGGCCAAGAAGACGCCAUGGCAGCAGGCGAAGGCCAGCCUCAAGGGAGCAGAGCGCCACCCGCAGAUCAACAAGAUCUGCCACUUCGAGGUCCCCAAGGGCUUCCAGAGUGCCCCGACGCAGGGGACAGGCCAGGCGCUGAAGGCAGACAAGGACCCUCACCCAAAGCCCUCCCCUUUCUUAGUUCAAAACCAUCCCCCCUUGACCUAUCGCCAUCCACCCUUGGCAAACAGUCAUACCCCCCCCCCAUCCCCCCUGCUUUCUCUGGUCCCAAGAGUCCAACACAAUAAAGAUCAGAGAUCCCCCCCAGACAGCUGUCGGUUUCCUCUUUCCCCGCUUCUGCUGACAUGGGCAGAGGUAGGGACCUUGACAACAC